GCCCCAUGACGGGGCGGGCCCCGCCCGAGCGCGGCGCUUGGCGAGGGCCGCGGGCGGGGCCGGGGCCGCCGCCACCUCCCCCCCCGUCGCCUGCCCAGCGGUGGCCGGCCCUGCCGGCGGUGGGGCCCGCCAUGGGGCUGUGCCUGCCCUGCAUGGAGGGGGCCGUCAAGGACGUGGUGGAGACGCCCGACCCGGAAAUAAGAAGACAACAGCUAGCAGAAGCUGCUGAAAAGAGGCAGAUGGAGGCUUCCUCUCGAGGUAUUAAGAAUGCUCACUCUGUAGAGCAUAAGAAAAAGAAACAGGAAGAAAUAGAAAAAAGAAUUGCAGCUUCAGGUUCUGGAGGAGAAGGAGGACUGAGAUGGCAGGUUGGAUAAAGAAGCAUGACUUCUGAAGAGAAAAUGAUUGAUGUUUACUGCCAGUAACUUGCCAGUUUCUGCAGCUGAGUGGCACUUACUCAUCCUGUGGCUUUUGCUGUCUGCAUCUGAAGACUCAGCAGUACUUUGCCAUUGUGGGAGAGCAGAUGUGGAAACAUGCACUAAGAAGCUUCAAACUAACUCUGAACACUAAAGUUUUGGCCAAAGUUUUUGUUUGUUUGUUUUAUGUGCAUGUUUUAUUGCUUCCCUGUCAAGGGAGUGAAAUGAAUUUUCUCACAUGGAAGUGGUGUCCCUACCUGUAGUGGGUCUGUAGGUGUAUGCUGUUUGGUCAGUUGAUGUAUGUCUGUCUGCAUAUGACUGGCUUAGGCACAGCUCAGUUGCCUGUGUGUUGUUUCAGUUGCUUCUUUCAAGCUCUACAAUUAAACUUUUUCUCUAAUUCCUCAUGUAGAAAGUUGUUCAUAAAUAUAUAUAUUUGAAUAUGUGGGUGACAGCAUUUCUCUUCAGUUUCCUCAUGACUUUUGAGCUGCUUAGGGAUUUAGUGCCUUUUUCAAAAAAGAAACUGGGUUGUUACAAACGGAAGCAUUUUGUGACACUACUUAAAAAAAUAGAAACCUUUGUAAAGCCUGUAUACUUACAGCAAGAAAGCUGUUUUACUAUGGGUCUAAUAAUUGUUCUCCUAAUUUUCUGAUGUGGAUUUAUUUUGAGUCUGUUAAGUAUUUAAUAUUUAACUUCCAGUAUUCAUAAUAAAUUUAAAAUACUGUUA